UUACUCACACUAAGAUAUUAGUCCGCAUCCGCAAGUUGUCGCCGACGGCAGCUGUCAAAAUUUCUCUCGGAUGGAAAACGAGUAGAAUCAAUUAAAAUGAUUUUUUACAAGCCACUAUUUUAGUUAGGUUAAAGUUAUGUAUGCCCGCACGAGUUCGUACAUAGAGUCAUUAUCUCGUUCCCUCAAAAGUAGUACUUACGCUAACUACAGACACCAUGGUGCAGUGUCAUCCACCGUUGGAAUUGGAAGAAUUGCCAAAAGAAGACGAAGAAAGACUGGAAAAAUUGUUUUCUAAACUUGACGCAGAUGGGAAUGGCAAGAUCGACAUUCACGAUCUUUCUGUAGCCCUCAAGGAAUUGGCUCCACACAUCAAUCGAAGUUACGCAGAGAAGUUUUUGGCACAAACAGGAAAAGACGCGGGUGAUGUCACUCUGUCAGAAUUUAUUCAUUAUGUACGGGAACAUGAGAAAAAUCUUAAGCUUCAGUUCUCUCAUCUUGAUAAGAAUAAAGACGGAAAAGUUGAUCUGGAGGAGCUCAUAUCGGCAUUUGCUGAUUUGGGAAUUGCAAUUGGGCGAAGCGAGGCAACAAACCUGCUCAAGAGAAGAGCUGUUUGGCCAAUUUUAAAGUGGAUGGAUCAAGACGGAAGUUUGAACAUCAGCUACGACGAAUGGCGCGACUACCUACUUUUGGCACCGGCUUCGGACAUACACGCCCUAAUCAGCUUCUGGAGGCAUUCCACGUACCUCGACAUCGGGGAGGAUAUGAACGUACCCGAUGACUUCACACAAAGUGAACUACAGACUGGGAAGUGGUGGCGACAUUUGCUAGCAGGUGGCAUCGCCGGUGCGUUCAGCAGAACGUGCACGGCUCCUCUCGAUAGACUUAAAGUAUUCCUGCAGGUGAAUCCAACCAGGGAGAACAUGUCGAAAUGUUUAGCAAGAAUGAUCAACGAGGGUGGCGUGACGGGGCUGUGGCGCGGCAACGGGAUCAACGUGAUCAAGAUCGCGCCCGAGUCCGCCAUUAAGUUCGCCGCGUACGAGCAAGUGAAGCGGCUCAUAAAGGGAGACAAGAAGAAUCACCCGCUCGCUAUACACGAGCGGUUCGUGGCCGGCGCGUCGGCCGGUGCGAUUAGCCAAACUGUGAUCUACCCACUAGAGGUGCUAAAGACGAGAUUAGCUUUAAGGAAAACGGGUCAAUACCACGGUAUUAUGGACGCGGCGCGGAAGAUAUACGCGCGCGAGGGACUCAAGUGCUUCUACAAGGGAUACAUUCCAAAUAUCCUGGGGAUAGUGCCUUACGCGGGCAUCGACCUGGCGGUGUACGAGACGCUCAAGAAGAAGUACAUUAGUAAAUACCAAGCGAACAAUUCGCAGCCGGGCAUUUUGUUGCUGCUGGCGUGCGGCAGCGCGUCGUGCACGCUGGGGCAGGUGUGCUCCUACCCGCUGGCCUUGGUUCGCACCAGGCUGCAAGCUCAAGAGCGAUCAGCAAAAGGCGCAGAGGGCACAAUGAGCGGCGUGUUCAGAGACAUUGUACAGCGCGAGGGCUUCCGUGGCCUUUACCGCGGCAUUACGCCUAACUUCAUCAAGGUGAUCCCCGCCGUGUCGAUCUCGUACGUGGUGUACGAGUACGCGAGCCGCUCGCUCGGCGUCAACAUGACGUGAUUCCCGCGCCGCGCCCGCUGCACUCGACCCACGGACCGUCGUCCACUCGCCGCGCGGCCGGUUAUAUCGCUCUAUCGAAACACCGCUUGAACGUGGGCGCUCCACGCUGAUUGGCUGAGCCGACACAGCGUACGCGCCGCCGCAACAACGCUAGCUGCUGAUUGGCUGAGGCGGACGCGCUGCCGCAGUAACGUAGUACGCUGAUUAGCCAAUGCAACAGUGCGCGUCACACCGCCGUGCCGCGCCACACCGGACCGGUGCCUCCUUAGAGCGAUAUCACUACUAUCGACAUUCUAAUCGCAUUAGCAAAUUUUGCAUUUGUAAAUAGCUCUCCUCUACUCUAAGACUAUUUAUUGAAUUUGUGACUCUUCGAUUCCAUUAGUUUUUUAUCUCUUGACGUUGAAUGUUAUUUAAACGAGAACUUCAAUUGGUCUGACUUUGGAAUCCAGCGCAGUGCUGGAUAAUAAUCUGUGAUUAUAAUAAAUUAUGUAUUUUUUUUA